AAUCUUACGGAACCGCGUAAUCACACUGCAAUUAUUGUUCAAACAAAGCUUACUACGACUAACUCUCGCUGCAACAUCUGCGUUCCGAAAGCGGCCUCCUAGACCUUGGCGAGUUUGCGCUCUGUUUCGCUUAGUGGACGAGAAUGAUGUCCUCCAGCCUCGUCUCUGGCAAGAGGGUUGCCGUGCCCUCUGCUGCCAAGCCCUGUGCUGCUGUGCCGCUGCCCCGCGUGGCCGGUCGCCGGACUGCUGCACGCGUUGUCUGCGAGGCUGCUCCCUCUGGCGCCGCCCCUGCCAGCCCCAAGGCUGAGGCUGCUGCGCCCGUUGCCGCUGCCCCGGCCACCCCCCAUGCUGAGGUGAAGAAGGAGCGCGCCCCAGCCACCGAUGAGGCGCUGACGGAGCUGAAGGCGCUGCUGAAGCGCGCCCAGACCGCCCAGGCGCAGUACUCCACCUACACCCAGGAGCAGGUGGACGAGAUCUUCCGCGCCGCCGCCGAGGCCGCCAACGCCGCCCGUAUCCCCCUGGCCAAGAUGGCCGUGGAGGAGACCCGCAUGGGCGUGGCUGAGGACAAGGUGGUGAAGAACCACUUCGCCUCCGAGUUCAUCUACAACAAGUACAAGCACACUAAGACCUGCGGCGUCAUCGAGCACGACCCCGCCGGCGGCAUCCAGAAGGUGGCUGAGCCCGUGGGCGUCAUUGCCGGUAUCGUGCCCACCACCAACCCCACCUCCACCGCCAUCUUCAAGUCGCUGCUGUCGCUCAAGACCCGCAACGCGCUGGUGCUGUGCCCGCACCCCCGCGCCGCCAAGAGCACCAUCGCCGCCGCGCGCAUCGUGCGUGACGCCGCCGUGGCCGCCGGCGCGCCGCCCAACAUCAUCAGCUGGGUGGAGACGCCCUCGCUGCCGGUGUCCCAGGCGCUGAUGCAGGCGACUGAGAUCAACCUCAUCCUGGCCACCGGUGGCCCGGCCAUGGUGCGCGCCGCCUACUCGUCCGGCAACCCGUCGCUGGGUGUGGGCGCCGGCAACACCCCGGCCCUGAUUGACGAGACUGCCGACGUGGCCAUGGCCGUGUCCUCCAUCCUGCUGUCCAAGACCUUUGACAACGGCGUCAUCUGCGCCUCGGAGCAGUCGGUGGUGGUGGUGGCCAAGGCCUACGACGCCGUGCGCACCGAGUUCGUGCGCCGCGGGGCCUACUUCCUGACCGAGGACGACAAGGUCAAGGUCCGCGCCGGUGUGGUUGUGGACGGCAAGCUGAACCCCAACAUUGUGGGCCAGUCCAUCCCCAAGCUGGCGGCCCUGUUCGGCAUCAAGGUGCCCCAGGGCACCAAGGUGCUCAUCGGCGAGGUGGAGAAGAUCGGCCCCGAGGAGGCGCUGUCGCAGGAGAAGCUGUGCCCCAUCCUGGCCAUGUACCGGGCGCCCGACUACGACCACGGCGUCAAGAUGGCCUGCGAGCUCAUCAUGUACGGCGGCGCCGGCCACACCUCGGUGCUGUACACCAACCCGCUCAACAACGCCCACAUCCAGCAGUACCAGAGCGCGGUCAAGACCGUGCGCAUCCUCAUCAACACCCCCGCCUCGCAGGGCGCCAUUGGUGACCUGUACAACUUCCACCUGGACCCCUCCCUCACCCUGGGCUGCGGCACCUGGGGCUCCACCUCGGUGUCCACCAACGUGGGCCCGCAGCACCUGCUGAACAUCAAGACCGUCACCGCGCGCCGCGAGAACAUGCUGUGGUUCCGCGUGCCGCCCAAGAUCUACUUCAAGGGCGGCUGCCUGGAGGUGGCGCUGACCGAUCUGCGUGGCAAAUCGCGCGCUUUCAUUGUCACGGACAAGCCGCUUUUUGACAUGGGAUACGCCGACAAGGUCACCCACAUCCUGGACAGCAUUAACGUGCACCACCAGGUGUUCUACCACGUGACCCCCGACCCGACCCUGGCCUGCAUUGAGGCGGGUCUGAAGGAGAUCCUGGAGUUCAAGCCCGAUGUCAUCAUCGCGCUGGGUGGUGGCUCGCCCAUGGACGCCGCCAAGAUCAUGUGGCUGAUGUACGAGUGCCCCGACACCCGCUUCGACGGCCUGGCCAUGCGCUUCAUGGACAUCCGCAAGCGCGUGUACGAGGUGCCGGAGCUGGGCAAGAAGGCCACCAUGGUGUGCAUCCCCACCACCAGUGGCACCGGCUCGGAGGUGACGCCCUUCUCGGUGGUCACCGACGAGCGCCUGGGCGCCAAGUACCCCCUGGCCGAUUACGCCCUGACCCCCAGCAUGGCCAUUGUGGACCCCCAGCUGGUGCUCAACAUGCCCAAGAAGCUGACCGCCUGGGGCGGCAUUGACGCGCUCACGCACGCGCUGGAGAGCUACGUGUCCAUCUGCGCCACCGACUACACCAAGGGUCUGUCGCGCGAGGCCAUCAGCCUGCUGUUCAAGUACCUGCCCCGCGCCUACGCCAACGGCUCCAACGACUACCUGGCGCGUGAGAAGGUGCACUACGCCGCCACGAUUGCCGGCAUGGCCUUCGCCAACGCCUUCCUGGGCAUCUGCCACUCCAUGGCGCACAAGCUGGGCGCCGCCUACCACGUGCCUCACGGCCUGGCCAACGCCGCGCUGAUCAGCCACGUCAUCCGCUACAACGCCACCGACAUGCCCGCCAAGCAGGCCGCCUUCCCGCAGUACGAGUACCCCACCGCCAAGCAGGACUACGCCGACCUGGCCAACAUGCUGGGCCUGGGCGGCAACACGGUGGACGAGAAGGUGAUCAAGCUGAUUGAGGCGGUGGAGGAGCUCAAGGCCAAGGUGGACAUCCCGCCCACCAUCAAGGAGAUCUUCAACGACCCCAAGGUGGACGCCGACUUCCUGGCGAACGUGGACGCCCUGGCCGAGGACGCCUUCGACGACCAGUGCACGGGCGCCAACCCGCGCUACCCGCUCAUGGCCGACCUGAAGCAGCUCUACCUGGACGCCCACGCCGCGCCCAUCCUGCCCGUCAAGACCCUGGAGUUCUUCUCCAAGAUCAACUAAGCAGCUGGCUGCCCGAGCGGCUGCGUCAAGGAGCGGGGCGAGGAGGAGGAGCAGGAUUCAGCGACGGCAAUUUAUGGGAGAUGUGUGCCUGGUGGGCUCCGCGGCCCUGAGGUUCCCACGAGUGGCGCACCCGCGCUGAUGUAUAAAGCGGCGCGGAGACACCCGCUCACUCGCGGGCAGGUCUUGGCACGGGGGCGCAUCAGGCGCCCCAUCCCGGUGUACAGGCGCACAAUGGAUAUGUGUCGACGGAUACCGGCCGUCCACUCCGCGUGUGUAAUGAGUACGCAUGUUACGUGACGAGGACGGGUUUCCAGGACUUGCGGGGUGUUUUUAAGCGUGGCACAUGCCGCCACCCCGCCGGCGUGGGUUUUCCCGCACGCCUUCGCUUGCUACAUUAGGUUGUGGCGCACCAGUACUGCUUUCGUUUGCUGCAUGAGUGGCUUGAGAGAGGCGGCUGGAGGAGCAGAGUGAGGGACGCUGAGGGAGCCUCGCGGCCCAUGACUGAAGAGUCUAAUGCAUCGUAGUCGCAUGUUUCUUUUGCGGUGACGCGUGUUACUUGAGUGACCCUGUGACUGUGAGCUGUUUGAGCGUGCGCGCCAAAACGCGUGCGAGGAAGCACUGCCUGGCCGCCCGGCCGGCAGUGACCGUUCGUGUUCAUGACCAGUUGGCUAAGCUAAGUAUUCUUUGGGGCUUGACUCUCUGGGGAUUCUGGAGGGAGGCGCCAUGUCAUGGCGUGGGUCCUGCGACGUGUGCCUGUAAGUACCUGAUGUAUGGAUUCCACAGCGGCCAGUGGGGCCUCGUCUCGCGGUCGGUAGCUCGGUCAGCAUGCCAUGUGUGUGUGCGCUUGGUCCGGCGGCCCCUUUACAGCACACGGACAGGGCUGCCGCUACAGGGGCAUCGCUCAGCCCGAACAUCCAGUCAGUCGUCCUACAUGCAGUUUAGUUGCUGUAAAGGCCGGUCUGC